AUGUUUUCCAGAUCAGUGCGUACUUUUUCCACUUCCAGCGCUUCUUUGAAGAAAUUGAAGAUCGGCCUCAUUCCCGGCGACGGCAUUGGCCGUGAGGUGAUUCCUGCUGGCCAGGCGGUUUUGGAAAAGUUGCCCAAGCAGUUUGACUUGCAGUUUGAGUUUGUCACUUUGGACGCUGGUUACGAGUUGUUCCAGAAGACCGGCACUGCUUUGCCCGACAAGACCGUCGAGGUGUUGAAGAACGAGUGUGACGGUGCUCUUUUUGGUGCCGUUUCGUCUCCUAGUGUGAAGGUCGCUGGUUACUCUUCGCCUAUCGUGGCAUUGAGAAAGAAGAUGGGCUUGUACGCCAACGUCAGACCUGUCAAGUCUGUGGACGGCUCCGAUAAGCCAGUCGACAUGGUUAUUGUCAGAGAAAACACUGAGGAUUUGUAUGUCAAGGAGGAGAAGACCUACAACGCUGAGGACGGCACCAGAGUCGCCGAGGCCAUCAAGAGAAUCUCUGAGAAUGCUACUUCCAGAAUUGCCGCCAUGGCUUACGACAUUGCCUUGCUGAGACAGAAGAUCAGAGAGACUUCCAACCUCAGCUCGCUCCACUCCAAGCCUUCGGUGACGGUUACCCACAAGUCCAACGUCUUGUCUGCUUCAGACGGUCUUUUCCGUGAGGUCUGUAAGAACGUCUGGGAGGCCAACAAGGACAAGUACGGCUCUGUUGAGUACAAGGAGCAGAUUGUCGACUCGAUGGUGUACCGUAUGUUCAGAGAGCCAGAGAUCUUUGAUGUUGUGGUUGCUCCAAACUUGUACGGUGACAUCUUGAGUGACGGUGCUGCUGCUCUUGUGGGCUCUUUGGGAGUUGUUCCAUCUGCCAAUGUCGGUGCUGAUUUCGCCAUUGGUGAGCCAUGCCACGGUUCUGCUCCAGACAUUGAGGGUAAGGGUAUUUCCAACCCAAUUGCUACUAUCCGUUCCACCGCCUUGAUGUUGGAGUUCAUGGGUCACCAGGAGGCCGCUGCCAAGAUCUACGAGGCUGUUGACGCCAACUUGGUGGAGGACAAGGUGAAGACCCCAGACUUGGGCGGUUCUUCCACCACCCAGCAGGUCAUUGACGACAUUGUUGGCCGUUUUUAA